AUGUACGGUAGAAUGUUGCUGAUUGUGGUGUGCCUCGUCGCCGGCAGUGUUAGUGCGACCCAGAAGCUCCAGGAGCGGUACAGCUGGCAGCAGCUCGAUUUCGUCUUCCCCAAUCAACGCCUCAAGCAACAGGCACUGGCACGGGGUGACUAUGUCCCCACGAACGGUCUGCCGGUCGGUAUCGAGCGUUGGGAGAACAAACUGUUCGUAUCGGUACCAAGAUGGAAGGAUGGUAUCCCCUCAACGCUCAACUAUAUCGACAUGAACCAGACACCGUCCGGUUCGCCCGCCCUCAUCCCCUACCCGGACUGGUCCUCGAACGUCGCCGGAGACUGCGCGAACGGGCUGUCCACGGUGUACCGUAUUAAGGCGGACAAGUGUGGCCGUCUGUGGGCCCUCGACACCGGUACCGUUGGCAUCGGGAACACCACCCAGCAGCUGUGCCCGUACGCCCUCAACAUCUGGGACCUGAAGACGAACCGCCGGCUGCGCCGCUACGAACUCCGCGCGGAGGACACGAACGCGAACACCUUCAUCGCCAACAUUGCCAUCGAUAUGGGGCGCAGCUGCGACGACACGUUCGCCUACAUGUCGGACGAGCUCGGAUACGGCCUGAUCGUGUACUCGUUCGAGCAGAACAAAUCGUGGCGCUUCGCCCACAGCUUCUUCUUCCCGGAUCCGCUCCGCGGGGACUUCAACGUGGCCGGGCUGAACUUCCAGUGGGGUGAGGAGGGCAUCUUCGGCAUGUCGCUGACACCGCUGCAGGCAGACGGUUACCGCACGAUGUACUUCUCGCCGCUGGCCAGCCACCGCGAGUUCACCGUCUCGACCCGGGUCCUGCGCGACGAGUCCAAGGUGGAGGAGAGCUUCCACGAGUUCCAGUAUCUGAAGGAGCGCGGCCCGAACAGCCACACGACAUCGCGCGUCAUGAGCGACACCGGACUGCAGCUGUUCAACCUGAUCGACCAGAACGCGGUCGGCUGCUGGCACUCGUCGCUGCCGUACAGCCCCGAAUACCACGGCAUAGUCGACCGGGACGAUGUGGAGCUGGUCUUCCCGGCGGACGUGAAGAUCGACGAGGAGGAACAGGUGUGGGUUAUAUCGGACCGCAUGCCGGUGUUCCUGAUUGCGGACCUCGACUACAGUGACGUCAACUUCCGCAUCUUCUCCGCCCCGCUGGCCACGCUGGUCGCCGGUACGGUGUGCGACGUCCAGCCGCAGUUCGGCGCGAUACAGCCCAAGUUCGGUGGUGAUGCGGGCAGCUCGGAGCUUUCGUCCACGUACAACACCGACACGACCCUGCUGCCGACGACGUACGCCCAGCCCCUGUCUGGGUCGUACACACCGACGCUAAGCUAUGCGCCAACCGUGGCACCGCAGGUGCACAAGUUCACCCAGGCCUACGACGCGCCGACCUCGCACAUGUACUCCACCCAGUCGUACCCGACGACAGCCAAGGCGUACGCGUACAACAAGUACCACGGCGUGGAGUUCCAUGCGCACGGUGCGCCCCACCACGGCCACGGCUACCACCAUGGACCGCACAGCCAUGACGGUGUGGCCGAGCAGGAGUCCGGCUACAAUGGACAUCGUGGCGGCUACUGGAACGGUGCUCACAAGAAGCAGGACUCGUGGAAACAGUUCUUCUACUAA